CAGUUGUUGUGAACGCCCUUUGAAUAAUGUUUUGUCAGGUAACCUAAAAUAUACUUCACGUGGCAACAUCUGAAUGAACUAGUUUUCUUGAGGUACCUAUUCCAGUUGACUGAAUCGCCAUUGAGUUAUGAGCAGGGAUAUUAAAGGGUUCCCACUUUUGACAGUUACUAUUACAUGUGCGUACAAUCGUCAGCUUCUCAGCGGAAACACUAGCGCGAUGAUGUAGCUCUUAUUAGAAUAAUAACUGUUGAAAAUAAACACUUUCUCUGUGUUCAAACGGUCAGUUUGAGUGAGGAGAGCAGAAAGCGCUGUUGCUCACGAGACUGAACGGCUGCACAGGUGUCUUUUCUCGUUGGAAACCAAACAGUAAGUUAUUUUAUGUGACCUCCUGGAGUCCAGUAACAGAUAGCCUUAGCAUUAUAGGCCGUAUAAAAGCAUAGACCGCAUUUCCAUUAUUCAUAAGACGGGCACAUGUUGUUGGCUAUCGGUGUCAUUGUAUGGUGUUGGGGUUUGUUGAGUCGCAGACCGAUGCUGCGCCGCCAGGGCAAGCAGAAAGGCCGCUGUUGCGUCUUGUUCAGUGACCUGAAGGUUUUCCUACUCAGGCCACCGUCACCGUCGGCAUCGCCACCUGCCUCUACACCCAUGAACGAACUAACCGCGGAGGGCAAUGCGACGAGCAGCGCCACGGAGAGCCACUCUUUAGCCAACGGACAUUACCAGCCGGUAGCAGGUGAGGCUGUGGACACACGAGGGAGCGAAGACUGGACUCAUAGCGGGUUGGAUUCACCGAGGACGCUGGACUGCUGCAGCUCAUCCGAGGAUUGCUCUAAGGAGAAGUUGGACGAGAGGUUAUCUCUGGACAGCUGCACGGACAGUGGAGUCAGGACUCCUUUGUGUCGGAUCUGUUUUCAGGGCCCAGAGCAGGGAGAGCUGCUGAGUCCGUGUCGCUGUAGUGGUUCUGUUCGCUGUACUCAUGAGCCCUGUCUUAUUAAGUGGAUUAGUGAGAGAGGAUCCUGGAGCUGUGAACUCUGCUACUACAAAUACCAGGUCAUCGCCAUCAGCACCAAGAACCCGCUACAGUGGCAGGCCAUUUCUUUGACUGUGAUAGAGAAAGUUCAGAUAGCUGCAGCUGUUUUGGGUUCCCUGUUCCUGAUUGCCAGUAUCUCCUGGCUGGUCUGGUCCUCUCUCAGCCCAUCGGCCAAGUGGCAACGACAGGACCUGCUCUUCCAGAUCUGUUACGCCAUGUAUGGAUUCAUGGACCUGGUGUGCAUCGCUCUGAUUGUCCACGAAGGUCCCUCCGUAUUUCGCAUCUUUAACCGCUGGCAGGCUGUCAAUCAGCAGUGGAAAGUCUUAAAUUACGACAAGGUCAAAGACAAUGAGGAGCAUCAGAAGUCCAGUGCUGCACUCCGGACGCUCUCUCUGCCGCACCGGAUGGGGCCGACCGGCACGGAUGGUGAAGCCUCCACCUCCACAUCCUCCCUCAUGGCUGCAGCUGCAGCGGUCGCGGCAGGCACCGCAACCCCCACCAGAAACUCCGUCCCGUUGGCAGCAGGUGCCACGACAGAGCCGCAGGACUCAUCUGAGCCCAGCAAUGGGCAGCCCUCACUGCCAGACCACCACUGUGCUUACAACAUCCUUCAUCUCCUCAGCCACCACCUGAGGCCCCAGGAGCCACGCGGACAGACCAGCAACAGCAACCGCGAACUGGUCAUGAGAGUCACUACAGUGUGAGGCCUUCCAUGAGGCCUAGUUUACGGUUCAAUCUCUGCAUGCGACGUAUUUACAAGAAAGGAUUCACUGAGGAAGACCCAGUGCAGUGCUGUCCGGGUUUAAAGCAUUUGUUUUUAAAUUUUUUACAGUAUUGAAUAAAACAGAGGAAACAGUUUCUCUCACAGUGGCUACAGGAAAGAUUCUGACCUUUAGAUUUCAAAUGUGAGCAACUGAUAAAGGUCAAAGGUCAGUGGGGUGGGGUCUCUGAAUGUGUGUGUCCAUGUGUAAUGAGUUUAUUGUCAGCUCAAGGCCACAGUCAGAGCUGUGACCGUUCUGAAGCACAAGCAUUACAAUGCAAUACAGUUUCUCAAACAGCUCAGAGUGAAGAACAAAGAAAAACGGAGCGCUGCAACACACUAAUUUUACAAUUGCUACAUGUUGUAUUUUCAGAUAAAAUCCUAUUAUUAAUGUUACUUGCAAGAAUAAGCAAGUCUAAAUCUGUUUCCUAACAAACCAAAUGUGGUAUUAAAGAAGCAAACUACUGUGUUUACACUCACAGGCAGUACGUUUUUUUAGCUAGAUCAAUCCUCUCUGGUUUUGCCAGUAUUGUACAUCAAUAACAGGAAACCACGUUACAGUGGAGACAGCUUGCAGCAAUUGAACAUUUUACAAACUACAAGAAUUCUUGGUCAACUGACUGACUUUGUUUACAUUUGUUAAACUUGUGAGAGAAAAAGGUUGCUACAUUAAAAAAAGACACAUCAAACUGG